AUGUCUCCUUUAAUUACACUUUGCUUGUGUGUGUCACCAAUCUGGGCUUUGUCCUCUUCAACACCACAUUCCAAAGAUUUUAUCUUCAAAUUUAAAAAUCCUAGAAUUAUUAACGGGAAUCCUGCAAGCGAAGGUCAGUUUCCGUGGCAAGCCGCCCUAUUUAUGGCCAACGAAUGGUUCACAUGGUUUUGUGGGGGUAGUAUAAUUAGCGAGGAAUGGAUCCUAACUGCUGGACAUUGCGUGAAAGAAGCUUUAUCUGCCCAAAUCGUAACAGGAUCAUUAAAUGUACAUCAGGGCACAAUUUCCAAUACUACUAACUUUAUUACUCACGAAGGUUUUGAUUUUGACACAGUUUCUAAUGACAUCGGGCUUGCCAGACUUGAUCCACCACUAAAAUUUGAUGAAAACACGGCUGCUAUCAGUUUGUCCACCCAGGAACUUGGACCUGAUGUAGAUAUCACAAUUAGUGGCUGGGGGUACACAAGUGACACUAGUGAAGAUAUCAGUGAGUUAUUGAACUAUGUCGAGUUAGUCACUAUCACAAAUGAUGAAUGCCAGGACACCUACGGUGUAAUUCGACCUGAAAUGAUUUGUGCUAAUUCUCCUUCAUCUCAAAUUAGGAGUUCUUGUAGCGGAGACAGUGGUGGUCCGGCAGUUGUUAAUGGUACAACAAAUCCCGUUCAUGUGGCUAUAGUUAGUUUUGUUAGUACAAAAGGGUGUGAAGCCGGUUUACCUUCUGGAUACACAAGAACUGCUUACUAUAGGGACUGGAUUAAGAACAACACUGGAAUUUAAGAACACAAAUAAGAGACAACCUGUAAAAGUUAGAGACUCAGUAAAAUAUUGAAGCAGAUAAAA